GAGACUGGCACAGAAACGCAGCGCCACGACCACUCCGGCAGCCUAUGUCUGAAACUUGUGCGCAGAGAGGCGGAUAGAAUGACCUAGCUCGUCCCAGAUAGUGGAUUAAAUUCACGCUUGUUUUUUCUUUUUUUUCCCCUUUUUCUCCUCCUCCUCCUCCUCCUCCUCCUCCUCUGGUUUCGUGUUACAAAGCCUUGGGAGGGAGUUGCGCGGAGAGCCAGUUCCUCUGUGUUACAAACUGAAUGACAGGAUCAUAUGGCUGGAUUUGCCUUAUAGUCCAACCAUUAAAAAACAGAAAAGAUAAAGGAAAUAAAAAAGAAAUUUAAAAAAAAAAGAGAGAAGAGAGAAGGCGCGGGCGAAUUCAUCUUAAAUUGAUGAGGAUGUGGAAUAAUUCAUAAGUCAAAUUCAAAAAACAAAAUCCGAGGUAACGGAGAAAGAAGAGAGGGAGGGAGAAAAGGAUACGGGAUCUGGCGUCAGAGAAAGACUGGGAGACGGAGAGGAAAGCGCAGGACGCGUUGCCUGUAAUCACCACCACCAUCACCGUAAUAAUAAGCCCAAUGUGACCUUCAUCUGAGUCAAGUGUCUUCAUUCAGUAUUCACGGCGACGAGAGAGGCGGGAAAAAACUGAAUUGGAUAUUAAGAAGAAAGCUCACAGACACGCGAGGGAGGAGAAGAAAAACAAGCUGCCAGGAGCCGGGCUGCUCUAUCCAGUCCCUCUGAUCAACUGAUUGAUCCCUCGAUCCAGCACGCCAACGCCGGUUCCGACGAAUGGCAGCUGACAUGGGAGCCAUGGGCGGGACCAAAGUCUUGCUCCUGGUGUUUCUGGUUGGAUGGGAGAAGUCGCUGGGUCUCAACUGGAACCCCAUCCCACGCAAGACUGUUCGGUACCGAGAUGUGUUGGACAGCAUGGCACGGUUCAGCGUUCAGGGAGUGUUCAACUACAGCAUGCUGACUCUGUCCGACCACGAGAGGGUUUUGUACGUCGGAGCGCGGGAGGUGUUGUUCGCCCUGGACCCCAACGACAUUAGCAAACAGCUACGGCCUCAGAUUGACUGGCUGGCUCCGCAGGAUAAGAAGAGAGAGUGUGUUGCCAAGGGGAAGAACAACCAGACCGAGUGCUUCAACUACAUCCGUUUCCUGCAGAGCUACAACCACACACACCUCUACACCUGCGGCACCUACGCCUUCCAGCCCAAAUGCACCUACGUGAACGCAGACUAUUUUACCCUCAACACUGCAGCCCUGGAAGAUGGGAAGGGUAAAUGUCCAUAUGACCCUGCCAAAGGACAUACUGGCCUGAUAGUGGAUAAGGAGCUGUACUCGGCAACGCUCAAUAACUUCCUGGGUACAGAGCCAGUCAUUCUGAGGAACCUGGGCCAACAGCACUACAGCAUGAAGAGCGAAUACUUGCCUGCCUGGCUCAAUGAGCCGGACUUUGUGGGUUCAGCCCUCGUGAGGGAGAGCAGUGGCACUAAAGAGGGGGACGACGACAAGAUCUACUUCUUCUUCAGCGAGCGAGCGUUGGAGCUGGACUGUGACACGGAGCUCACCGUGGCCAGAGUGGCCCGGGUCUGCAAGGGGGAUCUGGGUGGCACCAGGACCCUGCAGAAGAAGUGGACCACUUUCCAGAAAGCCCGGCUGGAGUGCUCUCUACCUGAGCGCCACGUCUCCUUCAACAACCUGAGGGCCGUCUUCACGCUGCCGGGCCAGGACUGGCGGGGGACCACCUUCUUUGGCAUCUUCCACGCCCAGUGGGGCGACGUAGACGUGUCGGCGGUGUGCCAGUACCAGAUCAGUGACGUGAAGAAGGUGUUUGAAGGAUCCUACAAAGAGUACAGGGAGGCAUCUCAAAGGUGGGGGCGCUACACCGGUGCUGUCCCCGUCCCGCGGCCUGGAUCGUGUAUAACUAACUCAGACAGGGAGAACGGCUACAACAGCUCUCUGCAGCUGCCUGAUGCCACGCUCAACUUUGCCAAGAAGCACCCGCUGAUGGAGGACAAAGCUCUGGCUCGCCCCCUGCUGCUCACCAAGGGUGUCAACUUCACACGGCUGGCGGUGGACCGGGUUAGCUCCCUGGACCAGCGGGCGUACAACAUGCUCUUCAUCGGCACAGCGGAGGGUUGGCUGCAGCGAGUGGUGAUCCUGGGCUCCGAGGCCCACGUCAUAGAGGAGAUCCAGCUGUUCGAGGUCGCCCAGCCAGUGGACAGCCUGACCAUCUCGCACUCCAAGAAGUACUUGUACAUCGGCUCUCGUUCGGAGGUUCUCCAGCUUCCCCUGGCCAACUGCAGCCGCUAUCAGUCUCAGCCAGACUGUCUGCUCGCCCGCGACCCCUACUGCGCCUGGGACAGCGAGGGGCGGGCCUGCGUUCGCAUCGACCUGCACCGCGGGUCCACCUCGUCCCUGUCACAGGACCUCAUGCUGGAAAGGUUCAGCCGGGGGAAAGCCAAGUUUGAUAAGCCCGUCUCCAUCCCCAGCCCUGAGCACUCCCGUCUGAGGAACGUGACAGUGGUGGUGGGGUCCGACAUGGUGCUGCCUUGCCAGCUGGUCUCCAACCUGGCUCAGCCCUAUUGGGUUCUCAACGAACGUGAGCUCCAGCUGGGUGACCCCGAAGCAGGAGUGCCACGCUUCGACCGCACCCUCAAAGCCCUCGUCGUCCCCCAAGCGGGCCAGAUGCAAGCGGGCCGCUACAUCUGCUACUCUGAGGAGCAGGGGGUGAAGUUUCAGACAGAGCGAUACCAGGUGGCCGUGGUAGCCAGCGCUCCGGUCUUCAUGGAGGCCCGGGCUCCAGACAGCAGCAUGGGGCUCUUCUGGGUGCUGGUCAUCACCCUGGGAGCGGCAUGCCUGCUGCUCCUUGUGGCGGCUCUCUACCUGCGCAGGAGGCUGAAGCUGGCCCUGGGAAAGGGAGCCGACAUGAAGCCUCUAGAGAGCACCCUGGUCUACCCAAUCACCCUGCCCAAGGAGCCGCCCACCUUUGUGCCCAGCAAGAUGCCCAGCGACGAGGACCGCUUCUGGGAGACGGGCGCCAACUACUACUACUCGGACGGCUCGCUGAAGAUCGUUCCCGGCCACGCCCUGGGGCCCAGCAGCGUCAGCAGCACGGCGUCGCCCAGCGCGAUUCCCGGCCAGCCCAUCCACUCCCCCAGCCGUCUCAGCCUCACCAACAUCCGAGGCUCCGGUAGCAACGGCUACAUCCGCCUCAACCUGAGCACAGCAGGGGAGGAGAGGGCUAGCGGGGCUGGCGCUGGGGGCGGCGGGCUGGGAGGCCUGGGCGUGGGCGGGAACGACUACUCCAGCCCCUUCAAGGAAGAGCUGAGACGCACGCUGCAGCAGAGAAGCGUGCUGCCCGACGCCAACCCCGAGGAGUCGUCGGUCUAGGCCUGUCCUCCUCCGUCUCCCUUUCCCCGAGUUGGAAAAACAAAACAACCGACCUACCUCCCUCCUUUUGAGGACGCCUGCUUUCUCUCUCUCUCCCUCUCUCUUUCGGUGACACGCUGUCAAUUCCCCCAUACUCUCUCUCGCUCUGCCAAUGCCUGUUUGGCUCACUGUUGACAUUUAUAGCACCAAGCAUGUUAAAUAUACACACUCACCAACAUGCACUCGUAUAAUAAUUAUGUUCUGGGCAACAUGCAGUCAUGGUCGUGGCUUUUUCUGCUUCUACUGUGCAAUCGCCAUUCAUGUAAAUUGUGUAUUUAAAAAACGGCUGAACGCAGGGGAGAACACCUCAAGCAUGGAAAUCAAACAAAUGGCGUUACAUGUUGUCUGAAGGGUACAUUUCUUUUACGUUGAGUGGACCAAGAGGCUCUUGACCGCCUGUGCUGAAACCAGUUGACGAGCGGCAAGCGCAACGGACUGGAAAUGUUGAACUGAACUGCUGUCCUUCUGUCCCUUUGGGACUUUUUUUUUUUCAGCUUAUUGCACUUAAAAACUGGAAGCGCGUCUUCCCUUUUUUUGUAUUUGUGAGCCAAGAGUGUGAGAGCGGUAUAAAGAGACUAAUUAAUCACGAAGCAAGACGACAAUCACGUCCCCGUAGCAGGAGCUCUGCGAGGGACAGAGAGGAGGGGAGAGAGAGCGAGAGAAAAAAAGAGAGAGGAAAUUAAAUGGAAAAAUGAAGUGAUUUGAAGUAAAAGACGCAAGGGGGUUUUUUGAACGAAGGACAAUCUCUCAAGACUUUCUCUGCUCAAUUUGUAUUUAAUUUUUUAUUUUUUUCACGUGGUAUUUACCCCCGGAGGACGUCCUUGAUCCCUUCUACUUUCAUUCGUUGUGAUGGUUGGUUUGAAUUAAGACAUUUCUUGUUGUUCUUUUUCUACGUCUUACCGACUGCAGCAGUGUUCAAAGCGGUUAUCAAGUGACUAAUGGCUCCCCUCCGUGAAUGACAAUGCGAGGGCAAGCGCUUGCAUCCAAACGCACCUUCGAGUCCAAUAUACUACAAGUGCACUCCACGCAACAUUUAUUAGUGUCUAAGUGUGUGACAGAUAUGGGUUUUGGCUGAGCCCUUUUGGAUGUUUGUUCAUCUCUGCAGAAAGAAAAGGCCAUUUGCAUUCAGCUCUUAGCAGCCGAACAAUAACUGGCACACUUAAUUCCAAAUUGAAGCUGACAUGAAGACAUUAGGCAUGGAGAAUGUAGUUGAACCCUCACUGUUGCGACCGCUGUGGAUGUCUCAAUAAGUGCUUUAUGUCGUAUGUGUAUGGUGAGGGUGGGAACUUGCGCUGCCAAGCAGGAAACUACCCCUCCCACACACACACACACACACACACUCACACUCACACCCCCAGAAACCCCUCCCUCUUUACCGAUUCCCAGAGACUGACCUGGGGCUACUGUGGACUUAUACAGAGGAAGAGCACUGUAAAACACACCGACACAAAAAAGAACACACACUCACACACAGUGUUAACGGAAGAAUGGACAUACAGACAGAUUUCUGCCGCGCUGACAAACUGCUGGCUCCAGGCGGAAAGCAGCCGUAAACCAGUGAAAGGGGUGUUUUUUUUUUUUUUUUUUUUGGGACGUGUCUGUCGGGAGCAGAGGAGGCACAGCAAGAAGGAAGGGGAGGACGAAAAUGCUUUGUUUUUGCCCCCACUGUGUACAGCGCGCUGAGAGAGCUGUACUGUAGAAUAUCAAAAAAUGAUCCCAAGGUUGAAGAGGUACUCAGCCAUCAGCACUCCAUCCUAGUGUUGCAUGAUCCUCUGCAAGUGGUCCAUACAUCUUUCGAUACGAUCAUCCUUGUACAGGUGCGUCAUUUUGAUCGGCCAUUUUUGGACUUUUACAGACCCUCAUAUUGUGGAACAAUAAUGCAAAUAUAUAUAAAACAAAAUAUGUCUGAUUUUAUGGUUCAAGGGUUGUAGAGGACUUUGUGGCUGCAUUUCAACACGUUUCCUUUUUCUGUGCCUCUUCACCUUUUGGAUAAGCCAAAGUAGACUGCAGUUGGUUUUUUUUGUUCUUGUUGAAAUACUUCAAUUGGUUUUAUUUGAUUCCAGAUGGAUAUUUAAGUCUCAGCAGUCCGUCCACUUUGCUACUCUGAGCUGAUGUCUGCAACCUUUCCGCAUAUUUUAUCUGCAGCUAAAUUUCCCCCUCAAGCAAAACAAAAUGGACUUCCUGUUUGCUUCCUGUUUACACGUCAGUAGUAAUCUGCUGGGCCCAAAUCUUUGUCCCCUCACUUUAUGGAAGGCGGAGCGAUGUACCAAAACGUUAACCUUUAUCUAAUUUGUCAGCCCCUGAAAACCAAAUACGUAUCUGUCAAUUUGAAGCAGAUCAGCGAUAGAAUGUGCCCACUUUAUAUUGUUACACCCCCCUGAAGCAGAUAGCUAAAACAUAUUAGCCUUUUACACUAGUACUUGGUUAUGUCUUAAUAUAUUUCAAUUUUACAAUUAGGCUUUUUUUUUUAUUUAAUAAAACAUGUUGCAAAAAAAACAAAAAAAGAUAAAGGAAUACAGGUCUUAAGCGUGACAAAAAUGCAUGUGUAAUGUACUUGAUGUGCAUUCUUCAGUUCUUGCGCUCAAAAUAUUUUCUCUCACACAAGGCUUUAAGUUCUGCUGUUUUCUCGCAUUAUUAUUUGUAUUAUUCUAUUAUCACCCCAAUUUCAUUUUGCCCCAUUUUGCCUGUCUGUUAUUGAUCUUUUAUGUUUGUUUUUAAACUAUGUUAAGUAACUUAUUUCACUUGUAAAAACCUGUUGAUAUUUAUUAUCAUUGUACAUAUGUCCUUAUUUUUUAUAUGUGUAUGUAUACACAAAUAAAAAUAGAGAUAUACUCGA